GCAGAUGACGACGAUGACAACGACGAGGAUGACGGUACCUAUGCAGAUCAGGAGUAUGGUCAAAAGAAAAAGCUUUCCAAGAAGAAGCAACGCAGACUGUCCUCGACAAUCCCACGGCCCAAAGGUGCUUCAUGUGUACCCACUGUUCGAGUGUCCAGUCGGGGUGGAAAAGUACCCAACUAUGUCGAUGAUGUCCAAGAUUUUGAAAAAUUCGAAGACGACGAUGAAGGAGGUGAAAACCCUUACUUCGUGGACCCCAACCAACAAUACCAGGAAGAGGACGAAAUCGAAGCCGUUUUGAAUCAUAGUCGAGAUGAAGGCCGGGAGGAUGAUGAAGAAGAUCUUUGGUUUGAGAAUGUGCGCUUCCAUAUCAAAUGGAAAAACUUUUCCCACCUUCAUAACACCGACGAAACUUAUGAAUUCUUGAAACGUUUCAAAGGCCUGAAGCGCGUUGAUAACUACAUCAAGGCGUACAAGAUAUGGCGCUCCCGCGUUGAUUCUCCAGGAUUGUCUCGUGAAGAUGUGGAAGCUCUUCAUCUAGACAAGGAAAGGGAAAAGCAGGAACUGGAGAUGUUCCGCAACGUGGAACGCAUUGUUGCUCACCGAGAAAGCAAAGACGGUGACAUGGAGUACUUUUGCAAGUGGAACAGUCUUAAUUAUGAGCAUUGCACUUGGGAACUCCAGAAGGAUGUCAACCCCAUCGCGAAGGACGAGAUUGCUGCCUACAGACUAAGAGAGGCGGAGGGCAAGUUUCCGUACAAAAGUGUGUCGUAUUCGAGACAGGGCAGGCCGACCUUCCAAAAGAUCACAAGUGAUCCUGACUACAUUCAAGCGACGGGCGGCGAGCUCAAAGACUUCCAGCUCACUGGUCUCAAUUGGCUUGCUUAUCUGUGGAGCAAAGGAGAGAACGGUAUAUUAGCGGAUGAGAUGGGACUUGGCAAGACCGUGCAAACUGUAGCUUUCCUGUCCUAUCUCUUCCACGAGAUGCACCAGUAUGGUCCAUUUCUGGUCAUCGUUCCCCUGUCGACGAUUACAGCUUGGCAAACUCAGUUUGCCGCUUGGGCUCCGGAUAUGAACGUUAUAACUUACAUCGGAACCGCUGCAGCCCGCGAAGUCAUCCGCACACAUGAGUUUGGGCCAUCUAACAAGAAAUUGAAGAUGAAUGUUCUGCUGACGACGUAUGAACUCACUCUGAGGGACUCCAAAGAACUCGGCGAUAUAAAGUGGCAAGCUUUGGCGGUUGAUGAGGCUCAUCGGCUCAAAAACUCCGAGAGCCAGCUGUACGAAGCCCUCCGAUCAUUCUCCGCCGCUUCAAAGCUCCUCAUUACGGGGACUCCUUUGCAGAACAAUGUGAAAGAACUUUUGUCCUUGAUGCACUUCCUCAUGCCAGAAAAAUUUGCUCUCACCAACGAAUUUGACCUAACUGACAUUGACCAUGAGGAGAAGAUCAAAGAAUUACACGAGCAACUGGAGUCUUUAAUGCUCAGGCGGUUAAAGAAGGAUGUACUGACGUCUCUUCCAACAAAGAGCGAACGAAUUCUGCGUGUGGAAAUGAGUGCCCUCCAGACCCAUUUUUACAAGAACAUACUCACCAAGAACUUUGCGGGACUAGUUAAAAGUGCGAACGGGAACAAUAACAUUAGUUUGCUCAACAUUGCGAUGGAACUCAAGAAAGCUGCAAAUCAUCCUUACCUGUUUGAUGGUGCUGAAGUUCGUACAGACAACAAUGAAGAGACGUUGAAAGGCCUUGUCAUGAACAGCGGCAAGAUGGUUCUUCUAGACAAGCUGCUUGCCCGUCUCCGGCAAGACGGUCAUCGCGUUCUAAUCUUCAGUCAGAUGGUGCGAAUGUUGGACAUUUUAAGCGAUUAUAUGUCGCUCCGGGGUUACCUUCAUCAACGUUUGGAUGGGAUGGUGGCAUCGGAAGCGAGGAAGAAGUCUAUCGCCCACUUCAACACCCCUGGGUCCCCCGACUUUGCGUUCCUACUGUCGACUCGUGCUGGCGGACUUGGUAUCAACUUGGAAACAGCCGACACGGUAAUCAUCUUUGACAGUGACUGGAAUCCACAAAACGACUUGCAGGCUAUGGCUCGUGCCCAUCGUAUUGGGCAGAAAUCACACGUCAGCGUUUAUCGUUUCGUUAGCAAAGAUACCAUGGAGGAGGACGUUUUGGAGCGCGCGAAGAAGAAAAUGGUGUUGGAAUAUGCCAUCAUCAACCAGAUGGAUACCUCCCAGGCCCACUUGAGCUCCAAGGCGACGAAAGACCCUCACAAACCAGACAAUUUGAGCAAGGAUGAAUUGACCGCUGUUUUGAAAUAUGGUGCUCAAAAGAUGCAAGUGGAUGAUUCCCAGCAGAGCAAAAAACUUGACGAAAUGGACCUCGACGACAUCCUCAAUAGGGCUGAAGAUCACGAGACUAUGGCCCAAGCUGGGGAAGCAGGCGGUGCAUCCCUUGGUGGCGAAGGUUUUCUAGCUCAAUUUGCAGCUGUCAGCGAUGUCAAAAACGACAUGAAUUGGGAGGAUAUCAUACCCCUGGACGAACGCCAGAAAUUUGAAGCUGACGAAGAUGAACGGAAAGCCGAGGAAAUUGCUGCCCAGGAAUUGCGUGAUAGGAAGCGCACGCAUGCUCCAGUAUCAUAUGAGGGCAUGGACGUGGACCAGCCGGCUGCUGCGUCCGCUCCCAAGAAGCCAAAGGCACCCGGUCCUACAAGGAAGACAGCUAGCCAGAAGGCGAUGGAAUUGAAAGAGAGGGAUGUUCGUGUUCUGAUUAGGAGUCUCCAGCGUUGGGGUGACAUCCGGCAAAGAUACGACAUCAUCGUCUCUGAAUCCAAACUUCAAGACAAGAACAAGGGCAUGAUGCUUGACGUGGCAGAUGAAAUCAUUGAUAUCUGUUCUCAAGCCGUCAAGGAUAGUGAGGACCAGAAGCGUUCCCGAAUCGCGGCUGGUGAAACAUUGACCAACGCCCAGAAAAGCAAAGCAGUCCUCGUCACCUGUCGUGGCGUCGGUAACAUCAAUGCAGAAACCGUCCUUUCGCGCCACCGUGACCUUCGCAUCCUCUAUGCGAUUCUAUCUGAUCUUGACGAUCCUUACAAGUGGAGCAUCCCGAUUGAAAACAUCCGUCCGACUCUUAAUUGGUCAGGUCGCUGGGGUCCGCAGGACGAUUCGAUGCUCUUGGUAGGCGCCUUCUUGUACGGUUUCGGCAACUGGGAGGCUAUGGCCAAAGACCAAAAACUUGGACUCGAAGGCAAGUUCUUCCUUGAGGAGGGGAAAAAAGGAGAAGAUGCUGCAAGUCGGCCCAUUCCAAAUGCCAUUCACCUCGUUCGUCGAGGUGACUUUUUGCUGAGCAUAUUGCGCGAGCAUGAUGAGAAAUUACGUUCGUACGAGAGUUCCCUGCGGAACAAAGGUCAGCUAAAGGUUUCGGCUUCCCCUCCCCCGACAGCCUUGGCGUCGACGUCUUCUCAUAGCAGUUCCCUCAAACGGCGAGCCGAGAGUGAGGCCAUGGCUUCUAUCGAUGACGGCAGCUUGAAAAAGAGGAAACGUCGACCGACGCCCACAUUCACAGAUUCCGAAUCGUCCGACGAAUGUAGCCCCUCGAUGGACGAGGCAGCAACGAAAGAGGAACUGCGGCCUGUUAAGAAACAAUUGAAACAACUAAAGCUGUCUGGUGAAGAUAUGCCCCGAGACGACAAGGUUGCCAUCCUCAAAGAUUCGCUGGCUGCAAUUGGCCGACGAAUUGAACAUGUGCUGAACGCGAAGCAAGCUGCAGGGGAAGAUCGGGAGAGAUGGCGGCGACAUCUUUGGACUUUUGUGACCUUGUUUUGGCCCAAGAAAGUCAAGGCUUCUAAACUGGAGGAGAUCCACGCGAAGAUGGUUAUG